AGAGAUUUGAGAGAGAUGGGCGUGGCGACGGUGACCGAGCUGAGGCAGAGUAUCUCCGGGAAGAGGGCGUUCCGGCCGAGCCUCACCACCCGGCACGCCAACGAAUGGCCGCCGACGGACGUCUCCAGCGACCUCACCGUCGAGGUCGGCACGUCCAGCUUCGCGCUGCACAAGCUGAUCGCGCAGUUCCCGCUGGUGUCCCGGAGCGGCAAGAUCCGGCGGGCGGUGGCGGAGGCGAAGGACGGCAGGCUGGCGCGGCUCAGCCUCCACGGCACGCCCGGGGGAGCGGUGGCGUUCGAGCUGGCGGCCAAGUUCUGCUACGGCGUCGGCGUCGACGUCACGGUCGGCAACGUCGCCAUGCUCCGGUGCGCCGCGCACUACCUGCAGAUGACGGAGGACUUCUCCGACAAGAACCUCGAGCUCCGCGCCGAGGCGUUCCUCCGCGACGCCGUGCUCCCCAGCAUCGCCAGCUCCGUCGCCGUGCUCCGCAGCUGCGAGGCGCUGCUCCCGGCGGCCGAGGACGUCAACCUCGUCCCCCGCCUUAUCGCCGCCAUCGCCAACAACGUGUGCAAGGAGCAGCUCACCUCGGGGCUGUCCAAGCUGGACCAGCUAAAGCCUCCGCCGGCGGUGUCCGCCGGCGUCGACCUCGACUCGCCGGGGGACUGGUGGGGCAAGUCGGUCGCCGGCCUCGGCCUCGACUUCUUCCAGCGGCUGCUCUCCGCCGUCAAGUCCAAGGGGCUCAAGCAGGAGACCGUCACCCGCAUCCUCAUCAACUACGCCCAGAACUCGCUGCACGGGCUCAUGGCGAGGGACAUCCAGGCCGCCGCCAAAUGCGGCGGCGACACAGACGCCAUCAAGAAGCAGCGCGCCGUCGUGGAGACCAUCGUCGGGCUGCUCCCGGCGCAGUCCAAGAAGAGCCCCGUGCCGAUGGCCUUCCUGUCGGGGCUCCUCAAGACGGCGAUGGCGGUGUCGGCGUCGAGCAUCUGCAGGGCCGACCUGGAGAAGCGGAUCGGGAUGCAGCUGGACCAGGCGAUCCUGGAGGACAUCCUCGUCGCGGCCGGGCCAGGCGCCGCAGCGGCGGCGGCGGCGGGGGCCGGGCAGCAGCACACGCUGUACGACACGGACGUGGUGGCGAGGAUCUUCGCGGUGUUCCUCAACCUCGACGACGACAGCAACGAGGAGGACGUCGGCGGCGCGUUCGACUACGACAGCCCGAGGUCGCCGAAGCAGAGCCUCCUGGUGAAAGCGUCCAAGCUGCUCGACAGCUACCUCGCCGAGAUCGCGCUCGACUCCAACCUCCUCCCCUCCAAGUUCAUCUCCCUCGCCGAGCUCCUCCCCGACCACGCCCGCCUCGUCACCGACGGCCUCUACCGCGCCGUCGACAUCUUCCUCAAGGUGCACCCGAACAUCAAGGAGGCGGAGAGGUACAGGAUGUGCAAGGCGAUCGACUGCCAGCGGCUGACGCCGGACGCGUGCAGCCACGCGGCGCAGAACGAGCGGCUGCCGGUGCAGAUGGCGGUGCAGGUGCUCUACUUCGAGCAGCUCCGCCUGCGGAGCGCGAUCCAAUCCUCCGCCGGCGGCGGCGGCGGGAGCAGCAGCGUCGGCGGGAGCCACGACGCGGCGCUCUUCUUCGGGUGCGCGGCCGCCGCCGCUGCCGCCACGGCUGGGUCGCACUGCGGCGGGAUGCGGUCGGGGAGCGGGGUCGGGAGCGGCGCCAUGUCGCCGCGCGACAACUACGCGUCGGUGCGGCGGGAGAACCGGGAGCUGAAGCUGGAGGUGGCGCGGAUGCGGAUGCGGCUGACGGACCUGGAGAAGGACCACGUGAGCAUGAAGCGCGAGCUGGUCCGCGUCAGCCCGGCGAACCGCCUCCUCCGGAGCUUCGCCCGCAGCCUCGGCCGCCUCAACGCGCUCUUCCGCAUGCGCCCCGCCGCCGAGCCUGGCCUGCACCAGCUCGGCGCCAAGGCCACCGCCGACGCCAAGGUCCUCUUCCAGCGCCGCCGCCGCCACUCCAUCUCCUGAGACCGCCCUCUCCUACCUCUCCGGUGUGCAUACGACACGACGACGACCACCUCGGUUUAUUGGAAUACGUUUUUUUGUUUGUUUUUAUGAUUUUUUUGUGGGAUUUUUGCAUGGGAUGACACGACAUUGACGACGCACAGGCAGCAUGGCUGUUGUUGUAUGGAUUAUGGACGGAUGAUUUCGA